GCUUCGGGCUCGAACGGGAUUUUCCCACCUUCGACAGUCAGUGCACAACAAAUCCACAAUUCCAUUCAAACAGCUGAAGAGACGGUUUAUUCCCUUCAUAUGUGUUCUAUACGAGAGGUGGGGUAUAAUGUAUUACACCUCCCACUUCCAAUCCCCUGUUUCUUUCUCUUGUUCAAAACAAAACCACAGAUUUAGAGAUUGACGAGAGCCACUUCUGCGAGUGUCACAUACAUAUUCUUAUUUACCCGGUAUGAAAGCAUAUGAAAGCCCUCUCAACACUUCCAAUAACGAGCGUUCUGAGCAGUAUAGUAACCUUUUCUUCACAAGCAUUCUCUGAAACAUGUUCUCAAUUCAAUCCUCUCCUUCCUCCACAUCUGAAAAUGGAGUAUCUGAUGCUCACACUGGGACGACAGAACGAUGAAGUAGCGGGAAACAUUGCAAAAGGGCUUCUCCAGGGUCCAAGAAUGUUCGGAGAGAAAGUCAACUCAAGAGAUGGCGAAACGAUACCUGUACAUGGUCUCUCCCCAAAGUAUCUCGAUAGUGCGGACUUAUACAUCUCAAUAGAAGGUACUCCAAGAGGUUUGUACACGAAAGAAUAAGGAGAAGGAUCGAAGAGAUGUUUCAGUAAUAUGGGGAGGAAAUCUAGGAGAAUGCAAGACAUCUAUUUU